CCCUCCCCUUUCCUCCCCACCAAGGGACUCAUGCCAAUCGUCUUACUACCAAAUACAAACCGAGUCCCCUGUGACACCUUGAGGUCUUUCCCACUGCUUGUUCUCCUUUGCAUCGUCGAAAGCAAAGUAAAGGUCCUCACGAACUUGGCAUUGGACACCCACGGAUACACGUCAAGCACGCUUUGGAGCCGCUUCACAUAGGAACCUACCCACAUACCCGCAACCACCCACCCGUCGACUCCGCUCGAAGCUCUCGCCGCAAGAUCCGGGUUCAAAUCUUCGACAGGACGGCAUCGCUAGGCCGCGGCCGCAGUUUCGAGACCAAUUCUAUGUUCGUCGACCUACGAGCACGCCCAUAAUGUCUGACCACGGGGAUUCACCGUCACCACGGUCGUCCUCGGGCCCAGCGGGCUCCGUGUCACCACCCCCGGCGCCUGCUACGGCACCAACCUCAACGGCAAGCACUGAGACGGCAGCCUCGCCCAAGAAGCGCAUGUCAGGAUCGACAGAAGGCAAAGUCACGAAACGGCGGGCGGCCCGGGCCUGCGUAUCGUGUAGGGCCCGCAAGGUACGCUGCGAUGUGGUUGAGGGUGCGCCCUGCGGCAAUUGCCGCUGGGACGACGUGGAAUGUAUUGUCCAGGAGAGCCGCAGGCGAAAAAAGAAUCUCCCAUACAACUGCGGCCCGGCAGCAGUGGGGGCGCGUGCUGGAACUGCCGAGGCACUUCGCACGAAGAGCAUUGGCGCCGCUCCCCCGGUCAUCACCGCCAAUCUCACGAAGCCAGCAUUUGCUCCGAACGGGUCCUUCUCUCUCCCCCUGAAUGGGGUCGACGGUGGACAGGCGGCCGGCGGUCUGCUCUACCAACAGACCCCUGGCGGGUUCGGCACCCCGGGGUCCGCGGCGGCAUCGGCGGCCCUGACGGGGUUUCCUCCGGUGGCCCCGGGAAUUGCGGCCUCUCCAGCGCUGCUGCACCCUCUCCUCAGGACUGCCUUCGAGCAGGCCAGCGAAUGGCCGGCCUUCAUCAAGCCCUUCCCGGACCGCGUGCUUGCGGAGGACCGGCAGUAUCUGGCUCAGAAGCAGGUCUUCUCGCUGCCGUCCCUUCCUCUGCAAAACGCCCUAAUUGCGGCUUUCAUCGAGUAUGUGUAUCCGUACAUGCCGCUCCUGGAGCUCCAUGAUUUUCUCAGGGUGGUCAACGACCGGUCCGGCGCCUCGGGCAAGAUCAGCCUGUUCUUGUACCAUGCUGUCAUGUUCUCCGCAACAGCUUUUGUGGACGAGACUCUGCUGAAGGAUGCCGGUUACGCGAGCCGGAGGGACGCAAGGAGGGCCUUUUUCUCCAGGACAAGGCUCCUCUACGACUUCGACUACGAGACGGAUCGCCUGAUCUUGGUCCAGGGCUUGCUGCUCAUGACGUACUGGUACGAGACGCCGGAUGACCAGAAAGACACCUGGCACUGGAUGGGCGUGGCCAUUUCGCUGGCCCACACCAUCGGCCUCCACCGCGACCCGGCCAAGACGCCCAUGAUCCCGCGGAAGCAGAAGCUGUGGAAGCGCGUUUGGUGGUCCUGCCUCAUGCGGGACCGCCUGGUCGCGCUCGGCAUGCGCCGUCCGACCCGGAUCAAGAGCGAAGAUUUCGACGUGCCCCCGUUGAACGAGGAUGAUUUCGAUAUCGACCCCCUUCCGGCGGAGAACACCCUGCUGGGGCCUGAGUGCGCCCUGAUCCGCGACGUCGGAAUGCAACGCGAGCUCGCCGUCAUGUGCAUCGAGAAGGCCAAGCUGUGCAUGCUCAUCGGCGACAUGCUCAGGGUGCAAUACUCGGUCCUCAGUCGCAGCGGCGUGCGGCCCGAGCACACCAUCAACAGCACCCACAUGUUGCUCCCUAACAAGAAUCCCGAGAACAUGCAAGAAGUCGAAAAGGUCGACCAGAACCUGCGGGACUGGUUCGCCGGCCUGCCUGAGCCUUGCCGGUACCGCCCGCUCGAUUCCGUCACCAUCACCGAUGCCAACAAGGUCAUCGCCGUGCAGCGCAACCUCCUCCACAUGAUCUACCACACCACCGUCUCGGCCCUGCACCGCCCGCUCUUCCUUCCGGCCUCGCCCACCGAAGGGCCCCGGACCCCGGUCGAAGUGCAGGAAACGGCCCGGAAGCGCGUGCGCGAGGCGGCCGAGCAUAUCACUCGCAUGGCCGCCGAGAUGCGCCAGCACAGCCUCGACCGGUUCCUGCCGACGACCGGCGUGACCGUCAUCCUGCCGGCCAUGAUUGUGCACAUGCUCGACACCAAGAGCCUCGACCCGGACACCCGCGCCAAUGCCGUGCGGGGCCUGAAGGAGUGUCUCGUGGUGAUGACCAACCUGCGGAACAUCUAUGCAGCGGCAGAUUUCGCGACCGGAUUCCUGGAUGCGUUGCUGCGGAAGGGUAUGCUGGGCCAGGCCCCCCAACCUCAACCGCCGCAGCCGACACCGCCGUUGGUGGCCAUGCCGGGAGCGCGGCCGGGCAAGAUACUCAACCGCGUCCUGGCGCCGGCGCUGAAUCUCGUCCCCGAGCGCCCGUCGACGCCGCCCCCGGAGAACGUGUUUCUCAAUCUGAGGACGGCCAGCAACAACAAUAACGCUAAUAAUAACAAUAACGGCACCACCGCCAGCAGCCUCUUCCCCCCGCAGAGCCAUCACGGCCCCAUCGCCACGACACAAGCCUUUAUGCCCAACGUAUCAGAUGACGCCGGCGACCCGUCCGCCCUCGCUGCCGCCGUCGGCGCGACCACGCCGCCGCAUACCGACAGCGAAGAUGUAGACAUGGACGUGGACGUGUCCAUGGCGGAUGAGGUCAUGGGCAACGGCGGCAGUAGUAGCAGCAACGGCGGCACCGGGCUCGACUUUACCGCCGGCACUCCUGCUGGUCUGGGAGGUACGAGUGGCGACAGCACCGCGCCCGGCCUGUUGGCUGGUGCGGGCGCCGGUGCGGGGGCGGGCGCGGGGGGCAACAACUUUGAUUUUGACCAGUGGCUGCAGUUCCCUGCCGAGGGCGGGCUCAGCACCUCGGACGACUCGUUCAUGGGAGGCAUGUUUUCGGCCGGGCCCGGGGAUCACCCUCAUCAGGCCGGGUUGGAGAUGGGCGGUGGCGAGGGGGCCAUCGAGCAGUGGAUGAGCUUGCCCGAGGGGAUUAGCCACUAACGAGUGGACUCGGUUAUUAUCCUGCCCGAUGAAGGGUUUGGUCUGAUCAAGGCUUCUUUCAUAGCCUCGUCUUCCUCUGCUUUCUUCUGCCCUGGGGCUUCUUCUCUUUUGGUUUCGCUGGCUAGCAAAGUUUCAUGAUCCAUGAUAUGAGCCAGGCGGGUUGGAUUAUGGGAGAGAACGGCGUCGUAAGGUUUUUUUUUAUUCCGUCGCCCUUCGACGAAUGAAUUUGCCAAGAAUCCUCAUAUGGUUAUGGACCGGGUUGGAAUUGGAAGGCAAAAAGCUCGAAUAGGUAUAUCCAAUGUUUUACGGAGUAGAGCGGCUAAUGAUGAUUAAAUAUGUCAACUAAACAAGCUACAC